CAAACACAAAAGUCAACUUGUGCCUGUUCUUUGUCAAGGUCUCCAAGUAAAGAGGGAGAAAAGAAUGUCAGGUUCUCAGUGCUGUGAGAAUCCACCAACACUGAACCCCAGCAGUGGAGGAGGCCAUGUUGAGGAGAUUGGUGGCCUCAAGACCUAUGUCACUGGCUCCCCCCAUUCCAAGACUGCGAUUCUUCUUGUAUCCGAUGUUUAUGGAUAUGAAGCUCCAAACUUGAGAAAGCUUGCCGAUAAGGUUGCAGCUGCUGGGUUCCAUGUGUUGGUUCCAGAUUUCUUUUAUGGAGAUCCCUUUGUUCCUGACAACUCUGACAGGCCUAUAAUGGUUUGGAUAAAGGAUCAUGGAGCGGAUAAGGGGUUUGAGGAUGCAAAGCCAGUGAUUGAUGCUUUGAAAAGUAAAGGAAUAACAGCAAUUGGGGCUGCUGGCUUCUGUUGGGGUGCUAAAGUUGUGGUUCAAUUAGCAAUUUCUGGGCUUAUCCAGGCAGCUGUGCUGUUACACCCUUCAUUGGUCACUGUGGAUGACAUCAAAGGUGUUAACGCUCCCACUGCAGUGCUAGGUGCUGAGAUCGACCAAAUGUCUCCACCUGAACUCUUAAAAAAGUUUGAAGAGGUUUUGAAUGCUAAACCUGAGGUUGAUGGCUAUGUGAAGAUAUUUCCUAAAGUUGCACACGGUUGGACGGUGAGGUAUGAUGUCAAUGAUGAAGCAGCCAUGAAGCCUGUGGAGGAAGCUCAUGCAGAUAUGUUGGACUGGUUUACCAAGUAUGUCAAAUGAGACACUUACCAUAUGAUGGAGUUGUUCAUUACUCUGUAGACUAUUUUGGAGUUUCUGUUGUGCUUGUGUAUGUGAAGAACAAAGAUUGAAAAUCUGAUGCAUUUGCACUUUAUUCAUUUUGUGUGAGAUUAAGCAUAUGCUGGAUUAAUGAUCCCAUAAGUGGAUGGAUUUGCCAUUUUGCAUUAUUUGAAACUAAUGCAUCAAAAUUCCCCUGGCAUGGGUUGUGCAUGGAACUGUAUCUUUAGGUUUUGCUGAGAAGGUCACGGCAAACACCUCGACUAUGAAUGAAUCAUGUCUGGAUUUCCUGCUACAACAAUGAUAUUGAUUCAUAUUUUAGUGCAUUGAUUCUCCACCAGAACAGAUGGUAAAUUCCAAGCAGGAAUUAGAAUUUCUCCUUAGGAAUCAUCUUUGUCAAAUCUUGGGUUUUCCAUUCUUGUAAUGCAGGUUUUUACAACUCUUCAUAAAUUAUGGACAUGCGA